UAAACGAAGAAGAAGAAGAAAGUUGGGGUUCUGAUCCUGAGUCAAAACAGUCUAUGAUCGUGGGAGAGAUACAAGAUUAGGCUCAACGCUAUCAAAACAACAUUAAUUAAAGGCCCACCCUCCUAGGAUUAGGGACACUGACCCUUACCUGAGUUCAUUCGCGUGCAGAAUGUGGGGCAUUUGCAGAAGAACGGUGGUGGGAAUGUCAAAACCUUGUGGAUUUGUGAAACCCUGCCACUUAGUGAAACCUGUAUCAGCGUCUCGUGUUGCUGGACGAUACCUGACCCACCAGAAGGGGCUGCCAAGUCUGCCUGUCCCCCCUUUGCAACAGACUUGUGAGCGUUACAUCACGGCCCUGGAGCCAAUUGUUGAAGUGGAUGAGCUGAAGCACACUAAAGAGCUGUUGGAUGAGUUUAAAAAAGCAGGAGGGAUCGGAGAUAGACUUCAGAGUGGCUUGGAAAAGAGAGCAAGCAACACUGAUAACUGGCUGUCUGAGUGGUGGGUUCAGAUUGCUUAUCUUGAGUACAGGCUUCCUGUGGUGGUCCAUUCAAGUCCUGGGUUGGUCUUGCCUCGCAUGAAAUUUUCAGAUAAACAGGGACAAAUAAGGUUUGCGGCCAAACUAAUAGCAGGUGUUUUGGACUUCAAAACAAUGAUCGAUAAUGAAACUUUACCAGUCGAGUACUUGGGAGGGAAGCCCCUUUGUAUGAACCAAUACUACGAAGUGUUGUCAUCCUGCCGUAUCCCAGGUUUGAAGAGGGACUCAGUGGUGAACCAUGCCAAGAGCUCGCAUCCCCCAAAACACAUCACUGUAGUGCACAACUUCCAGUUCUUUGUGCUGGAUGUGUAUAACAAUGAUGGGACUCCACUGACGGUAGAUCAGCUCUGUGUUCAGCUGGAGAAGAUCUGCAGCCUUUCACUAGAGACCUGCAUGGAGCCUGUUGGCAUCCUCACCACCCAGCAUAGGGACGCUUGGGGCAAGGCCUACCUCAACCUUAUCAAUGAUAAGACUAAUAAAGAAUCGAUCUCAGCUAUACAAAGGAGCAUCUUCACAUUGUGUCUGGAUGGAGCAAUGCCUCAAGUGUCAGAUGAGAUGUAUCACAGCUGCGCCGCCACUCAGAUGCUCCAUGGUGGAGGCAGCCGCUGGAAUAGCGGCAACCGCUGGUUCGACAAGACACUGCAGUUUAUUGUUGGAGAAAACGGGGCAUGUGGUGCAAACUAUGAGCAUGCUCCAGCUGAGGGCCCACCCAUUGUGGCCUUGAUUGACCAUGUUGUGGAAUACACGAGGAAGUUGGAGACGGUGCAGUCUCCCAAAGUGCCUUUGCCCGUGCCUCAGAAACUACACUUCAACAUAACACCUGAGAUCAAGACGGACAUAGAGGAGGCCAAACGCAACAUGAAUAUAUUGGCCGAAGACUUGGACAUGAGGGUUAUGGUGUUUGGCCACUUUGGAAAAAAUGUCCCAAAAUUGCACAACAUGAGUCCUGAUGCCUUCAUACAGAUGGCAUUACAGCUGGCCUACUACAGGAUGCAUCAGCGCUGCUGUUCCACAUAUGAGAGUGCCUCCCUCCGUAUGUACAGACGUGGGCGUACAGAUACUAUCCGAUCAGUGUCAAAUGCCUCAGCCUUCUUUGUGAAGACUUUUGAUGACCCCAGUAAACAGAACACUGAGAAGGUUGGUGCCAUGGAGAAAGCUGUAAAAGCCCACAGAGCAUACACUAAUAUGGCAGUCACUGGCCAAGCCAUAGACAGACACCUGCUGGGCCUUAAGUUGCAGGCAAUUGAAGAAAAACUACCUGUGCCUGAUAUUUUCAAAGACACUGCCUACAGUAAAGCCCUGCACUACCAGCUAUCAACAAGUCAGGUACCAUCUAAGACUGAUUGCGUCAUGUGUUUUGGCCCAGUUGUGCCCAACGGAUAUGGUGUUUGCUACAAUCCUAUGGAUGAUCACAUUAACUUUGCUCUGUCAUCAUUCAAUACCUGCAAAGAAACCAGUGCAGGACUUCUGGCCCAGGCAGUGACUGACGCUCUGCUGGAUAUGAGAAGACUACUUGAACAAACCCCAAGAGCUAAACUGUGAAGCCCUUUCAGAUUUGUCUAUUUAACCAUUACAUAGAUAAAAUGAACAAUGAUGACUUAAGACUGUGGUUGAGUGACAUUUGAAGGUCCCUGUGUAAUGUCCACAUUGGUGGUCUCAAACAGGUUUCGUCCUGGUUAUUGAUUAUCACUGUGCACUUUAAAUGAUUCAGUAAUGCUUGCAGUGACACCCAUGUGCUGUUCCUCUUCUAAAUGGGGAUAUUGCAGGCUGUUUUACAUAUAUUUCUGUCAGAUUAUAUCACUGAAAUGUCUUUACCUAAAUUAAGUACCUGGUUACAAGACAACUUUAAUGUUUUCCAACUGAAAUUAUCCUACAAAUGGAAUAUAUUAUUUAAUAAUGACCUGAUGAAACCACUGUCAAGAUCACUUAAUUCAAAUCCACUGAAUGGUCUGACAAUCUUUUGUUUAUGUCAUUUGACUGGCUAAAUAUAAAUGGUUUGAGCUUUUGAAGAAAAA